CAAAAACCUCUUCGUCUUAUUUGGGAACAAGCUAUCUGUGGAUGAGUGGAAGCAGUCUUCCAAGUCUUCCAUGGUGUGGCACAAAUAGUGGAAGUGAUACUGAAUGGAAUGGUUCUCAUGUGUAUUGUGGCCUCCUACUUUGUCCUGGCUGGUUUCAGUGCCAGUUUUGCCAGCAGCGGCUUUGGGAACAACUAUUACUUCCCCUUUGAAGGCACGGAGCUGGAGCAGGUUCGACAGCUGGACCAGCAGUACACCGUCCUCCGAGCGCCACUUGUGUACGGCGGCUUAGCCUUCUCCCUAGGACUUGGGGUCCUCACCAUGGGAGUUUUACUGCAGGGAGCCAAGAGCCUGGAGAAGCUGCCCAAGAAGUGGUUGGUUGUGGAAGCUGCCUUUAGCCUGCUGGCAGCUGUGGGCUACUGCAUAGCCACGGGCAUCUACCUUCAUGUGGCUCUGCGGAUUAACGCCACCGAUACCUGCAAAAGGCGGGAGAGGAUGUAUGCUCGCAAAGGGCUCACCUGGAUGAACUGCCAGCUGGCGGGCACCGAUGGGGCAGCGGCCACCUUUGCUUGUCUCUUAGUGAUCAUGUAUGGGGUCAGCGCCGUGUUGGCCAUCCGGAGUUACAGGCAGCAGCAGCAGUACUACAAGGACACCAGAAAGCCAAGCAGUAUGUACAACGGUCCACCAGGCCACUGGACAUCGGGAACUCUGUGAGAGGUUCCUCUCCCUGUAGCCCUUCCCCCGCCCCAAGUUUCUUUUAUUUUGAAAUUCAAAUAUUCCCAUUUUAAAAUCACAUAGUUGGAAUUUUUAAAAAAUAUACUUUUUUGAUUAUAUAUAAAUGUUCCUUUACAAGGUACUGUUUGUGAAGGGUAUCAAUAAAUACUGAUGGGCUGAUUGAUGGAUGAGUAAGUGUUGGGGAAAAAUCAUAAACUAUCCCAUGUUAUAAUUACUCCCUUAAAUACAUUAGGGUGCUAGUCCUCCAUGCCAGUGCUAACCAACCAGGCCAAACACUAACAGACAAGCUAUCUCAGCAAGAGCCAAGUCCAACUACAAAUCCUUAAUCCGACUAUUUAAGAUACUAAAGAAUUUAUCUGUCACUUUUCUGAAUCACUGCCCAAAGGCCAAUUUCAUUCUGACUCACAGUCUGUAGAUCUGGAGAGUUGGAGCAGCUAUGAAGGCUUGCCCUAUCUUACCGUUUGACAUGAGAGAAUGAAGCAGAAAUUAGCAUCAAUGGAGCCCAAAGAGACCUUAGGGAUUAUCUAAGGGUGGCCAGAGAUGCCACAGUGCACAGAACACUAGGCCAGAAAUCGCAAAGACGGCUUCCUGAUUUCAAGUCUGGCCUUAAACACUUCCUAUCUGGGUGACCCUGGGCAGGUCACUUCUGGUUACCUCAGUUUCCUCAUCUGUAAAAUGAACUAGAGAAGGAAAUGUCAAACCAUGAAGAGUCAGACUUGAAUGAAGAACAUUCCCAACCCUUUCAUUUCAUGGAUUAGAAGAUCUAGAGAAACAAAUUGACAAAGUUACACUGAUUCUAAAUUAGUGGAAGCCAAGCAUGCUUCCUUCAGCAGGAAUUACAUUUUCUUUCUUAAGGACAAAGGCCUAUUAUAUAUUACAAGUAUAAAAAGCUCCUACUUUUUUUUUUUUUUUUUUUUUUAAGUACAGUAGACAUUCCCAAAACAGGUAAAAGUUCUGGAAAUAUUCUAUAUUCCUUACUCAAUUUUCCUUAUGAAAAGUUUGUUUUCAUCCACUGAUAGGAUUGAUAUUAUCACUUCACAGUAAUUUCCCUUCAAUAAAAUAACACUGAAUCUAGAAAUCUUUGUUCACAGAAUCAUAGUCAAUAAGCAUUUAUUAAGUACCUAUUGGCCAGAUACUUUGUUAGGCACUGGAGAUUCAAAGAAAAGCAAGACAGUUCCCAACUUUGAGCUCACAAUCUAAUGAGAAAAGCAAACAAAGGGCUAUACACUACACACAAUAGGGAAGGCACUAGAAUUAAGGAUUGGGAAGGAUAGGUGGGGUUUUAGCUAACAAAUAAAUGAAGAUAUUCCACACAUGGAGAACACAAAAAGAAUGCCCAGAGUUUAGUAAUAGACAACAAGGAGACUAGUGUUACUAGGUGGACUGGAAAGAUAGGAGUAUGGGGUAGGUUAGACUUGAAGAUGGCCAGAUCUUUGCUUUAGGAAUAUCAGUAGCAGCUAAAUAAAGAGUAGUCUGGAGUGGAAAGAUCUGAGACAGGCUGGUCCAACAGCAAGUUCUUCAGGCAUAAAGUGAUGGACCUACAUCAAAUGGAGGGGCAGUGUCAUCAAGAAACGAGUUAUGUUCAAGAGAUGCUGCAAAGGUAGAAUUGAAGGGAACUGCCCACAGCUUGGAUUGGUGGGGGGAGGGCUAGGAGGAUGAUGGGAUGUUUGAAAAGGAUAAGUUUAGCGGAAAGAUAGGUUGAGAAUGUUGAAUUUAAGAUAUUUAGGAGAUCCAAUUCAAGAUGUCCGGAAGGCAGUUGUAGAUUCAAAACUUGGUCAGCACACUUUCAUUGUUGGUGGAAUUGUGAAUACAUCCAGCCAUUCUGGAGAGCAAUUUGGAACUAUGCUCAAAAAGUUAGCA